UCACAAUAGUUUCGCUUGUGCUUGAAAUUGCCUGUAUGGGCAAAAACAUGGCACAAGCUUAAAUAAAUCUAAGGGUAUAGUAACAAAUUGCAAAAACAUGUCAGCCAACGAAAUGUUAAUUCCUAUUAACGUUUAAUAUUACUUGAAAUAAUAUUUAAAAUAAAAAGGAUUAUGGAAUCGAAUACACCCUAAUAUGGAAUGUCCAUUGUCCAAUGAGAGCUAUGAAUAUCGUAGAAAUCUCUUUAAAGACAUAUGGAAGAAGCCAGAAAACUUGAAUGAUGCAGAUACCAGAGAAGUUGUCUAUAAACCUAAAAUCAUAAAAACUUUAAAUCUGGAGGGCACUUAUCGCAUUGCAAAGCAACGUCGCAAGCAACAACGCUUAAAACGUCUACAAACUGUAUGCACUAAAAUCUUAAAAUUUUGCGAUGGAAGUGAUGAGGAGUGGUCCAUUGAGGAACAUAAAAGGCAGAAAUCAAAGAGAAGACUAACAAGAAGAAAGGCAAUAAAGCGUCAAAGUAAACAUAGACGGCUAAACAAUAAUUAUAAAAACUAUAAAAUGGAAUCUUCUACAGUGAUCAAUGAAAAUAUUUCAAGGAAAGAAUUGACCCCACACAACGAUGACAAAUGUGAGACAUGUGAACAAAAGGAAAUGGGAAGCUCAACAAGAAAGGCAUUGAGGUCCAAAAAAAAUUAUCGAAAGUUAAACAAUUUUAAAAACUACGUAACUGAAACUUCAACACUGAUAAACGAUGAAAUAUCAACUACUCAAUACGACGACAAAUGUCAGAUAAUGGACAAGCAAAAAGAAAAGGAUAAAUCAAUAAGUAAGGAAAUUGGUUUCAAAAGUAUACAUGGCCAUCUAAAUAAGUUGGCAAACUAUUUGAACGAAACUUCCCCGUUAAAUGAUGAAAUAUUGACGGGAUCAACAUCUCUCCGCUACGAAGACAAAUAUGUACAAGCUAAGUUUCCAUGUAAGCAUGCUAUCUGGUGCAACAUCAACAAAGAUAAUAUUUUAAAACGCAACAUGAAUGUUUAUUCAAAGAGAAUCAGCUUACAGGAAAAUCCUAAAAGGGUGCUUAAAACAAAUAUAAUCAAUAUAAAAAUUUAAUUUUUCACUUUUAUUUUUUAC